CAACCUUUCAACGACAGGAAACUCUCUGGGUUGCUCCCCUCCACAGUGCGCAUGUGUGCAUGCAGGCACCGCAUAAGCGCUCCUGUGAUAGUGUUAUAAUAAGAGAAGCGGAUGAUGACAUCUUCACACCUAAGCUCAAGUGCUGAAAAACUUGCUUGCUGCACUUAAAGAACUCUUUUAAAAAAAGAAGAUUUAAAUAAGAGUUUCUCAAUGGCGGCACCUGAAAUCUGACAUUAUUGGACAUUACUGGACGCUUGAGGAGAAGUUUCAUAUCCAAAGAGAAAAGAUGGGCUGCAACUGCAGUUCGGACUAUUCAGACAGUGACUGGAUCGAGAACUUGGAUGAAAUCUGCGAACACUGCAACUGUCCCAUACCGCCACAAUCAUGCAACCCAUACACAGAUCAGCUGAUUCCAUAUCCAUCGCAGAUGACACCUCCUACAUCACCUUUACCAGUCAACGUUGUGGUGGCCAUUUACAGCUAUGAGCCCACUCAUGACGGCGACCUCGGCUUCGACAAAGGAGACAAACUCAAGAUCCUCAACAAGGAUGAUCCAGAAUGGUAUCUGGCAGAGUCUCUCACCACAGGCCAGCAGGGCUACAUCCCCCACAACUUUGUCGCAUUGUCCACCGUGGAGACUGAACCGUGGUUCUUCAGGAACAUUUCGAGAAACGAAGCCAUGAGGCUGCUCCUCGCUCCUGGGAAUACGCAGGGUUCCUUCCUGAUUCGAGAGAGUGAGACCGCUAAAGGAUCAUACUCGUUAUCAGUGAGAGAUCUGGACCAUAACACAGGUGAAGGAGUGAAGCACUACAGGAUCCGCAACAUGGACAAUGGUGGCUUCUACAUCACAGCGAAGAUAUCCUUCAACUCACUGAAGGAGCUCGUCCAGCAUCACUCACGUGAUGCAGACGGGCUGUGCACAAAGCUGGUGAAACCAUGUCAGUCGAGGGCACCGCAGAAGCCUUGGUGGCAGGACGAGUGGGAGAUUCCUCGUGAGUCCCUGAAACUGGAGCGCAGGCUCGGAGCUGGGCAGUUUGGAGAAGUCUGGAUGGGUGUCUACAACAAUGACAGGAAAGUGGCAAUCAAGAAUCUGAAAAUGGGCACUAUGUCAGUGGAAGCUUUCUUGGCAGAAGCCAACAUGAUGAAGAACCUGCAGCAUCCUCGCCUCGUCCGCCUCUUCGCUGUGGUUACCCAGGAGCCAAUCUACAUUGUCACCGAGUACAUGGAAAAUGGUAGCCUGGUGGAUUACCUGAAAACAACAGAGGGAAGCAAUUUGCCCAUGAACGUCCUGAUAGAGAUGUCAUCUCAGGUGGCUGACGGCAUGGCAUUUAUUGAGCAGAAAAAUUACAUUCAUCGAGAUCUGCGAGCUGCCAAUAUUCUCGUCUCUCAUGAGCUCAUUUGCAAGGUUGCUGACUUUGGACUCGCCCGACUCAUAGAGGACAACGAAUACACAGCCAGAGAGGGUGCAAAGUUCCCCAUUAAAUGGACCGCCCCAGAAGCUAUUAACUAUGGCACCUUCUCCAUAAAAUCUGAUGUGUGGUCAUUUGGGAUCCUCCUUACAGAAAUAGUGACAUAUGGACGCAUUCCUUACCCUGGUAUGUCUAACCCAGAGGUUAUCCAGAACCUGGAGCGGGGCUACAGAAUGCCACAGCCUGACAACUGCUCCGAUGCUCUUUAUAGCAUCAUGUGUCACUGCUGGAAGGAGAGUCCGGAGGAGAGACCUACGUUUGAGUACCUGAGGAAUGUUCUGGAGGAUUUCUUCACAUCCACAGAGAGGCAAUACCAGGAAUAGCUAGGAAUAGACACAUGCAAUUAACAGAUUCAAACUAAGGCACAGCCUGUGAAAGUGGAUGCUGGAUUUUAAUUUUUUUUUCUUUAGAAGAAUGCAUGCCUUUCUACUGAUAGGGAUAAACAGACAUUUUCCAAGUUUCUGCAUCAAAUAUAUUCUGAUGUGACCACUUAGAUAUGAUACUAUUACCUAUGGAACUAUGAAUAUGAACCAGAAACAGCUGGAUCAGAGCCAGCAGCAGAGGGGAGAGUGAUCGCCAAGCUGCUUGAAUUAACUGGGGACUGACUGAUGUGGAUAAGCAGCUGCUCUCCUGGUGCUUGUUAUUAACAUGUAAAUACUGUUCACUGCUUCAGCUGUGUUUUACCUCUGCUGUUUAAUAAAUGUUUUUGAAAGUGUU